UAGAGCGAUUCCAUGAGCGAGAAAGAGACACAGAGGAAGAGAGGGAGAGAUGGGGAGCGAACGCUGAGAUAGAAGGUAGUUGGCAAGACGGAGAUCCGCACACAAACGUGAGCAAAGGAGGGGAAGGAGGAAGAGAGUGGAGGUUGAUGGAGAGCAGGAGGAGGGGGAAGAGAGGGAUGCAAGAUGAUGGAGCCCAGAAAUAGGCAUCACAGGACAGCUUUUCAUCCCCGCUCUCUGCGGCAGACAUGACUCUGGGCAUUGGACUGUGCUGAAAUUAGCCAGGGGGACAACACAGGACAGCAGGUCUGCCGCACACUGCCUUGGUUCACCAUCACUGGAUGCAGCAAGGCAGCUGAUUUAUUACUGAGGGGCUGGGUGGCAGCGUGUUUGCGUGUGCGGCUCCGAGUGUGUGUGUAUGUGUGUGUAUGCAGGUUUUUAUGGGUCCUUGUAGCGCUUGGAGCUGUGGGAGCGACCAUUCCUCCAGUCGUAAAAUGACAUUCAGCAGGCAGGAGCUUUGUGUGCCGGUGUGGAUCUGCAGUCCUCAGUAGGAAGUGAGAAGUGGGAUUCAGAGCUGUCAUCGAGCGCAAGUGUGUGUUUACAGGGCUGUUUGCUGAGGUGAGCCAAGGAGGAUCAGCUAUAUGCGGUGUGUGUGUGUUUAGGUUAUAGCAAGGGUGCAGCAAAGGCAAAGAUCCUACACAAUGCAAGGACGAGCGCAGAGCAGCACUGAUGGCAGGGAGUGCAGGUAAAGUACAAGGAGAGCCCUAGGGGUAGGGUGGAGGACGAAGGCAGCGCAGAAAAGAGCAAGGGGGACGGAGGGAGGCAAGUGAAGAAGAGAGGGUGAUCAUGGCUGUCAUACAGUGAGCUAUAGCAUAUGCUGUAGCGCAGAACAGAGUGGUGCGGCAGGGGGAGGACAAGCAUCAGCGCACAGGGGAGGGGGAGAAGGGAAGAGAGUAAGGGAGAGAGGAGGAGGGGGGAGGCAAUCAGCUCAGCACCUCUCCUCCACCAGGAGGAGAAGCACAGCGGGACGGGCCCAGGAGAGGACGCUCACUCUCGCACACACACUCAAAGACACGUUGACGGUCGGCCAGGUCAACGUGUAGAGGUCAAAAGAGAGCGGGUGCGUGGACGGGGGUCGGGUGUACCCCCACUGGUCGGCAGGUCCACAAGAGCGCGGGCCGGUCCUGGGAAGAAGAAGAAGAAGAAGAAGAAAGAGUCCGCCGGAGAAAGAGGGGUCGGCUCCCCAAGUCUUCUGACAUCCCUGCCACCUCUCCAUCACCAUGGGGGAAUGGACCAUUUUGGAGAGGCUGCUGGAGGCGGCUGUCCAGCAGCACUCUACUAUGAUUGGAAGGAUCCUGCUGACAGUGGUGGUGAUUUUCCGUAUCCUCAUAGUAGGCAUAGUGGGGAGAAGGUGUACGAAGAUGAGCAAAUCAUGUUCAUACUGUAACACCAUGCAGCCCGGCUGCAACCAGGCUUGUUACGACAAGGCCUUCCCCAUCUCGCACAUCCGCUACUGGGUCUUCCAGAUCAUCUUGGUGUGCACGCCUAGCCUGUGCUUCAUCACGUAUUCUGUUCACCAGUCUGCCAAAGCGCGUGACCGAAGCUACUCUCUCCUGCAUCCUUACAUGGAUAGCCACGGUCACGGGCACCACGGCCGCCAUCACGACCACCACGCUCGCAAGCUUCACUCGCGCAACAUCAACGGCAUCCUGGUGCACCCCGACAGCAGUAAGGAGGAUCACGACUGCCUGGAGGUCAAGGAGAUCCCCAACGGACCCAGGGGACUUCCUCAAACGCACAAGAGCGCCAAAGUGCGACGGCAGGAGGGCAUCUCCCGCUUCUACGUUAUCCAGGUGGUAUUCCGCAAUGCGCUGGAGAUCGGUUUCCUGGCCGGCCAGUACUUCUUGUACGGCUUCAAUGUGCCGGGGAUGUUUGAGUGCGAUCGCUACCCGUGCGAGAAGGAGGUGGAGUGUUACGUGUCUCGUCCCACAGAAAAGACCGUGUUUCUGGUCUUUAUGUUUGCGGUGAGCGGCAUAUGCGUGCUGCUCAACCUGGCUGAGCUCAACCACCUCGGCUGGAGGAAGAUAAAGACGGCCAUGCGAGGGGUGCAGGCCCGAAGGAAGUCCAUCUGUGAAGUGCGCAAGAAGGAUGUUUCGCACCUGUCCCAGGCCCCGAACCUGGGCAGGACCCAGUCUAGUGAGUCAGCCUACGUCUGACAGAGGCUUCUCUGCCUGGGGGCUCAAGGACCACUUUCAUUUUGGAGAAGAGCUUUUCCCUGGCCCAGGACCCCCGAUCAUUAGGGCACAAAACUCACCACUGCAUUAUUAUUCAGGAGCACAGACAGACUCUGUGUAGUCAUGAUCAAGCAUCAAUUCACAAAAGACACUUCAGGAGGGCAGAAUCGCCCUCCUAAAAAGGAAACUGUCUCGCUGUAACAAAGCUUACAUGAUGGAGAGUUCUGCUUUGCCUAGGUGACACUAGGUGCCUUCAAAGAACCCAACAGAUAAAACUGAGCAAUUACUAAUAAUAUUAAAAUACUGUAAAGAUAGCCUCAGGUUGAGUUAUCUGAAGUUCUUCAUUAUUUGCCUUUGCUGUAGGUCAGAAAUAAUCCCCUCAUUUUCCAAUUAUGUGUGCAUAUGCAAGAGCUUAAGCGUGUGCAUGCAUACGCAUGUGUGUGGGGGAAAAAAGCCAAUAUCUGACUUAAGUCAGAAAAUUGAAUGCUAAGCUAAACCGAGCUACUGAGAGAUAGAUAAUGUUAUUUCUCAUUGUCCGUGAUCUUCAAGUGAAGUCACUCGGCGGACAAACAAGCACCUUUUUAUUCUAAGAAACUUACACAAAGUCAAACAUAAACCAAACAGCACUAGCAGAAACUGGAACACAGUAUUUGUCGUCAGUGACUUUUUUUUCUUAAAAUUGUCACUCUUCUUGAUAUUCUAAGGUGCCAAUCAUACGGCAGACUGACGUUGCCCGGGAGCUUUUGUUCAAAGUGAGACACAUGGUGCAUUGAAGAUGAGUUAGAUUUACUUUUCCAACACUGUGUCACGCACCACAAUGCUCCCAAAGCCUGCAAGGCACGCUGUUUACUCUCAGAACCAACUGAAAACAGGCAAGAAAAGUGUGCCAGCGUUUCCACUUUGGCUCGUGAAGUGCGAUCGCUGUCUAAGGGGCUGAACGGAGUUAUGAAAAAGUAUCGUAGUCACAAAUAUUUUAACAUGUAACCUCAAGCUUUUUUUCACGAGCAGAUUUGGUGCCAUAUUUCAAAGUUACUGUACAUAGAUGAUAUGUAAUAAUUACACUUAGCCUUUUCCCUAUGCGGUGUAGACGGGCUUCACUUGGAUGGGGGAGCAGGGUUUUGGGUGGUAAUGAAGAUUAAUCAUAGAUUGCCAGCUUUAACAAUAUGUAUUAUUAAUGUGCCCUUUGUUAAGCUUUCGCCCUCUAAUGGAGAUUAUAUGUUCCGAAAAGUCCCCCCCACCCCAUCCCUUCCCCCCCUAUGGACUUUGAAAAAGGCAUGUUACUUAAGCAUUACUAGAAUGGAUAGAUUAUGACAUGUAACUUAAAAAAGAGACUGUUUUAUUUAUUUGCAUCCUGCUCCUGUGAAAUGUACUACUCAGCAUGCAUGAAGAUGAAAAAUAUAAAGAGAUAUGAACAUAGAAUCCCGUCGUGGGAAUAUUGAAAGAGAAAAGGCUCCAGAACUGCAGCAAUAAUAAUAAUAUAUAGUAUGUGAAAAAAAAUAUGUGAAUAAAUUAUUAUGCAAACAGA